CGUGCUUAAUAUAGCACUUAACACCUCGUCUGCAAUUCAGACCACUAACUCUAGCCUCAUAAGAGUGCUACACAUUUUUAUUCAUCUCUAUACGAGAGCCCUAAACACCACCUACGACGCUCAAUAUCUCUCCACGGAAAAUCAUUCACCAUGGGAUACAGCCCUACUCCCCGAGGACGUGGUCGUAGCCCCUGCGUCGACCCCGAGUGUACACCACUCAUCCGCAAACCAAUUCCUUGCCUGCUGACUACACUCUCACGCGUCGCUACCGGCCGUGUUCAAAAAGCAACCUACAAGGAUCCCCCCCGAGAGAGAACAGCAUUCGAACUAGACCAGGAAGAAUUCAAUCGUCACCUGUACACGGGGUUCAUCCGAGAACUUACCAGAGAUUACCGCAAAGAACCUCUCGGCACCAGCUUAGGAUGGUUCAAGGACCCCGUCUCAAAGACGUCGAAGCUGUACAUCAAGGACUACUUCUCAGGCGUCGUCCGACCCAAGAUUAUGAAGGAUGCGAUGUGGGACAACAUGAGCAAAGCAAAGCUUGAGCAACGCCGUCAAGAAUGGCAACUAGCACAUGCAUUCGAAGUGGAUUCAGAUAGUGACGAGGACGACCAAAGUGACCAAAGUGACGAAGACGACGACUUUGAUGACAUGUCAAUUCAGGUCAAUCCUCCCCAGAGUGGGAACGAUGAAACCGAGGAUGGAGAUGAUGCAGGUACCCUAUCUGACCAUCCCGGCGAUGAUGAAGAAUCUGGCGAUGACGACGAUUCUGAUCAUGAAGAUGAUCCCGACGACGACAACGAUUACGGUGAUCAGGACGAUGAUGACCAUUCUGUCGACGAUGGCGAUUCUGACAACAACGACGAUGCCGGCAACAACGGCGGAUCCGGCAAUGACGGCGGCUCCAGCAGCGACGGCGAUUCUGGUUAUCAGAGUGAUCCCGAAGACGACGAUGAUUCCAGCGAUCACAAUGAUGGAAAACUUCCCAGCAGCAACACUCACGAGCAAGACGACGUCGCCGAUGGCAACGAAAGCGAGACUAGUUAUUCCAGCUACUCCUGCCAUCCUAGCGAGUUUGACGAAUCCGACGACGAUUCGCCGCGCCGAGACCUGCACUGCUACAACCCCACAUGGGUCUCAAGAAUCAUCGAGGAGAAGCCACAGGCCCCCGUCGACGAAAGUAUCUUCGACCUCGUGCGCACACCUCGAGGCCCAAUGAACCCAGCGAUGCAAGUCUUUGCAGAGUGGAAAAGAGAACAAUACGCGCGUAACCAGGAAAGACGCCGACAGGUCGACGACGCCUUCCUGGCUGAAAGACGACGACUGAGAGCCACAUGGGCUAAGGUCAAUUAGGUCAUGAAGCCAUACCGGACAUCACCCGGAAUCUAGCGAUGGCGCGGCAUUGGUAGCAAACCGAGCUACCCAAGUCCCGACAAAUGAGGACACGAUUGUUUAUUGUUUAUUGUUUACCACCCAUUAUUUGCCUCGGUGGCAAAAAAGGGUCAGCGAAGGAGUUUAAAUUUGGAUUUGGUUUCGCAUAUCGGAUUAUGCUCUGCUACGGCGCUAGCAGCAAACCUUCCAAUGGAAUAAGGCAUAUGUUCAUGUGGAGGACGGGACGGCACUCAAAAGCUUAUCGACUUGAAACUUUGUUUCAACAACUUAAAACGAAACCAAGAUAACACCAGAGAAACGGGAAGGAGAGGAGGAUACGGAAGGGAGACUGCCGGUUGGUUGGGGGGAUGAGAUGGAGAUAUGAAGA